GCGGCUCGGCCCGCGCCCCCCACCCCCGACCCGGCGGUCGCGUUGAGAGGGGCGGACGGACGAUGGCCGCCCCACGCCCGCACUCUCUAGGGAGAGGCGAGUCGUGGUCCGCGCACUCUCCACCCUGCAGACCUCCGGCUGGGAGUCGGCCCGGCCUGUGCUGCCCGCAGUCCUGAGGAGACCAGCAUGUCGGCUUCAGCAAAACCCCUGGCGCCCGCAGAGCCGGCCCCUGGCCCCGAGGACAAGCCCAGGGGGAAGCCGCUCCUUGCCUGGGGCUCUCUCUUGGGCCACCGCAGCGAGAAAAUUGUUUUCACCAGGAGCGAGGGAGCCCCCGAGGAGAACGUGCUCUCCAUCACCAUCACCGAGACGACCGUCAUCGAGUCCGAGCUGGGCGUGUGGAGCUCUCGGGCUCUGCUCUACCUCACGCUGUGGUUCUUCUUCAGCUUCUGUACCCUCUUCCUCAACAAGUACAUCCUGUCCUUGCUGGAAGGGGAGCCCAGUAUGCUAGCACAAAACCCGGCUUUCUUACCCACCCAAUUUCAUCAUGAUCAUGCUGUUUGUGGGUCUCAUGAGGUUCGCGACAGUGGUUUUGGGUCUGGUCAGCCUGAAAAAUGUGGCAGUUUCAUUUGCGGAAACAGUGAAGAGCUCUGCUCCCAUUUUCACUGUGAUCAUGUCCCGGAUGAUCCUUGGGGAGUACACGGGCUUGCUGGUCAACCUCUCCCUCAUCCCCAUCAUGGGGGGCCUGGCACUGUGCACGGCCACGGAGAUAAGCUUCAACGUCCUGGGGUUUUCAGCCGCGUUGUCCACCAACAUCAUGGACUGUUUGCAGAAUGUUUUUUCAAAAAAGCUCCUCAGUGGGGACAAAUACAGGUUCUCGGCCGCAGAGCUCCAGUUCUACAGCAGCGCCGCGGCCGUGGCCAUGCUGGUCCCCGCCUGGGUCUUCUUCAUGGACCUGCCGCUGAUCGGCCGGAGCGGGAGGAGCUUCAGUUACAGCCGGGACGUGGUGCUGCUGCUGCUGACGGACGGCGCCCUCUUCCACCUGCAGAGCGUCACGGCCUACGCCCUCAUGGGCCAGAUCUCCCCGGUGACGUUCAGCGUGGCCAGCACCGUGAAGCACGCCUCGACCACGUGGCUCAGCGUCAUCGUCUUCGGCAACAGUGUCACCAGCCUGUCGGCGACCGGCACAGCGCUAGUGACGGCCGGCGUCCUGCUCUACAACAAAGCCAGGCAGCACCAGCAGGAGGCCAUGCGGAGCCUGGCUGCGGCCGCCAGCCGGACACCAGAGGACGACACGGAGCCGCUGACCCCCAAGGACCCCCGGCCACACCACUGAGCUGUGGAAGCCCCGACGGGUGCCCGGGGCCCCGAGGUGCUGCCCACCGCUGCGGUCCUCCUCACUGGCGCGGACACCCAGCCCCUCAGGUCAGUAGGUGCCGCCUUCCCUGCUCCUUUCUUGAGUUCUCCGUGAAAACCACCGGGAACUUGCACAUGGGUCCCAGAUGCCAGCUUCCUGGGGCAGAGACCAGAGCCAGCAGCGGAGCCACGGCCAUGUAAUGUGAAAAACCCCGACCUGCUGACCCCGUGAUGAGCGCAUGAGAGGUCCUGGGACCCGCAGCAGCCUCUGCAGGCCUCACCGGUACGCAGGUCCGGCUACAGUGAGGCCAGGCCCCGGCGCCUUGGCGGGGGGACGGCCACAGGUGCCAACAUGUGCCACUCCCACUGCUUGGUGCCAGCUCCGUGUCCCCGGGCCUGCACAUGUCCUUCUGCCAUCUGGGGGACUGCCGUGCUGAGACAGAAGGCCCAGGUGCCACUGCCUGGGCCAGAGGCCACAGCAGCCAGGUGACCACUAGGAGAGAGGGGAAGGGGCACAGAAGAGGGCAGGCCAUUGGCCCUUGCCUUCCUGCCCUUCCACCCAAGGCGUCCUGUGCACCCCAGAGCUGUCAGCAGCCGGUACCACUUAGGGAAAGGCCACUUAUGGAAGGGAAGGUGCCCCACCCCUUUCAGGGUCUCUGUUGCACUAGGCCCCGGACCUCCUGAGGGUCCCGACUCUCACCGGUGACUGUCCUUCAUUCAGGGACCCCCGAUGUGAUGACAGUGGCUGCCGGUUACAGAGGUGGAGGACAGACAGGCGUCUGUGGUGUUUAGCUCAGGACAAGGACAUACGGACAUUCCCUUUUGUUUUCUGGGCCCCUGUGUGUAACCCAGGCUGUUCUGAAGGGUUCCCUAGAGGUACUCCUGCCAUCACCCCGCUGGCCGGGCCGCGUCAUACCUUGUCUCUUGGACAAGGAUGCUGAGGGUUUCCCUCAUGAACGAGGGAGUAGGGGGUGCUGGGAAGAACAUUUGGUGUGUUCACAGUUUUUGUCACCCUGCAUUUACAAUGACAGUGGAGUUUUUAAAGAAGGAAACAGGUGGCCAGGGACAAGUGGCUUCUGGAAGGUGUGCUGUGUGACCGUUAACACACUGAACCCACAGGCUGGCUUGGCUUGGCUCUCGCCUCCCAGAGCAGACGGACCACCACGCUGGGCAUCUGAGCCCUUUGCAAGGUUCGGGCUCCAGGCCUCUGCUCCUCCUCUCACAUCCUGGUGGCAUUCCGAUCGGGGCUCCGCCCGCUGCCAGCCAGGCUUUAAGACCUCUCCGUGGCACCACGCUCACACACUGGGGCGCGUCACCUGCGGCGGCAACAUGGCCGCCUGAGACCGGCCUGCCGUGACCGAGUGAAGAAGCCGACAGGAGGGCCUUGGGCGCGAACAGCCACUCGUCUGAUUCCCCCUCCCUGUUGUUCAGUCCUUGGCAUCCACCAUCUCUUCACUGGUUUUCCGGUUGGCGUCUCAGCUGGGAAAAUGAAAACAGGCCCUCCUAAAGGUCAAAUCUCUUGGAAACAAAGAGCAAUAAUUCUGUCUCAUUAACUUCUGCCUACUUGAAGCAGCGUGCCAUAAUGACGGCUUAAAGCAGGGCCUUUAAAACUACAGCCUUUUUUCAAUGCCCACAUUUUCCACCAAAAAUGAACAAACAAAACAAGAAACUACAACCUUUUCAUGAAGCUGACUUCCUGUGCCCAGCGGACAGGCAGGUGUGUGCUGGCCUGCGUGCCGAGCUCACCUGCACUGUGAAGGCGUUUAUCAUGAGACUUGGCCCCAUUUCUAUCCCCUUCCCUCGCCGCUUCCCCCACAAACAACACUGAGGAGGACCCGUUGGAGGUGACUGGGGCGGCAGGAUGUGCUGGGUCUGGGAGGACCAGAGUGAAGGCACGGCUUGCACAGCAUCGUGCCUCCCCCUCUCAAGAAUGUGGCCGCCGUGACGAGCUGCCGACGGGAUAGGAGCAGAGGACACAUCUGCGGUCACCUUGUUGCAAGAUGAUUUCAUGCUGCCUUCCUCACGGAUGUCGUCAUCACAGGGGUCUUCGGAGUGUGGCCAGACGGGCAGCGCCUGCUUCUGAGCUCGUAAGGGACCAAGCGCCCUGCAUGUCACCUGUGCCCUGUCUCCUCUCACAAGUGGCUGUCUGCAGAUGCGAUUUUCCAAAAUCAUAAACAAAAUGAAGAUUUUCCUGAAUUAUUAGCAAAUGAGGUCAUUUCCAGCAAAGCUGCUUCUGAGACAUUUCCUCAGAACACAAGUGUGGCCGGCACUGUGCCGGCCUGGGGCUUACGUUCCUUCUUCCCGUGUCUGGUCUCCGUCCAGGACAGCCCAGCCAGGAGACAAAACCCAUGGCCUGUGUUGGCCAUGUGUGGAAUGAAUGUACAGACAUGAUGUUUUUUUUAUUAACUCUGUGUAGUAGUGUUUCUAGUAUGUUCUCACUGAGCCAUCCCAGACGUGCUUGUAUCCACGUUGACGCUGGGUGUCACCACUUCCUUGGGUCACUUCCUCCCGUGUCCAUGGUUGUCUGUGCCUUUGCAAAGAAACACUUCAAACAGGUGUCAGGUCAGGUCAUUUGCUUACCUACAUUGAUACUUAGAGAUGUAUGUCUGGCUUUCAAGGAAGCUUCCACUGAAGGUUCUAAAAAGCUUUUUUUUUUUUUUUUUUUUUAAAUUCCAGUAGUCAUAAUUUCCUGUGUAUCAGCAUUAAAAUAAUCUGCCCUGGAAAGCUGAGAAUA